AUUAAACGUCUUUUUGUUCUCAGUUUUGGGUAUGUCUUUAGCAGCAACGUGAAAAUGAACUAAUACACAUGCUAAAGCUGUAAGGAUAACAACUGAAAAUUACAAAUUAUAGAAAGAAAGAGCCAAAGAACUAUAGAAAAAGCAGGAGUGUUAGAGAGAGUGAACUCCAAGUUUCUCUUCAAAGAAUCAGUAUGUCAGUAUGUUCAGCUUUCUUAUUCUUUGAUUCUCCAAUUUAAAGUUUAACUUCCUGGUUCUCUUUGCCCCCUUGCCUCUAGUUUCAGUAAACAACUUUGCUGCCAGUUCUAGUCAGUAGUUCACAUCUGUUCCUCUGAUCACCUGCUCCAUCCUAAGUCACCCCUGGUCACCUGCUCCAUCUUGAGUCACCCCUGGUCACCUGCUCUGCCCUGAGUUACUCCUGGUCACCUGCUCCAUCUUGAGUCACCCCUGGUCACCGGCUCUGACCUGAAUCAUCCUGGGUCACCUGUUCUGUAACUGCCCUUCCCGCCGAACUACUCAUCCCACCACUCCGGCUCAUACCCCUUCUGUCUUUAAAAUAGCCAGUUGGGAUUAGCUUAGACUGUGCAGUCCAACCCUAGCCAACAGGAGAAUGACACAGUAGUAAGGGCUACCUGCAUCAGGAAUAAGAACCCGUUCCGCUUCCUUGUCCAGGUGUGCUCUUGCCAUUGCUCCAUCUGUGAGUCACACCCUUCUAUAGAAGUAAAAAUUGCCUUGCUGAGAAAAGGAAAUUUAUGUUCAAGUGCUAUUUUCUUGCAGCACCAAGUAACAAGCAUUUGUUUCUCACAAAGAGUAUAGAAUGAAAUGAUCAAAAUAAAUACAGAUAAAAUGUGUUUGUAAUCCCAAUAGCUAAAAAGGGAUUAAAUUUCAGGUAAAGAUCAGAGAUGAUCAGAUUGGAUAAAACAUAAUUUUAAGGAGGAAAGAAGAUGAAGGUGGUCAUUGUACAUUGAUAAAACAAAUAGUUCUCCAUGAAGAUAAAGUGAUUUUAAACUUGUUUACUUUUGGUAGCAUAGUUUCAAAAUAGUUAAGGCAAAGGCAACAUAAUUUUAGAUCUAUAGUCAGUGUCAGUUGUUGAAUGACUUCUCUGUAAGUAACUAGUAGAUCGAUGAGAAAUUACAAAGAUCAGAAAAUUUGAACAGCUGCAGUUUUGUUUAAGUGGACAUAAAGAACCUUACCUUUAAUAAGGAGAUAAAUUCUUUUAAAAUACAAGACAUUCAAAUUUCUUUACACACUAGACCAGAAAGCAGUUAGUAUCAACAAAAAACACAUUUAUAUCAUACUAUGUUAUCUGAUCACAAUUGUUAGAUUAGAAACUGAAUUUCUAAUUUUAUGCAUUUUGGAAAUUUGAAUUCAAUAUAACAUGUGGGCCAAUGAAGAAAACAAACUGGAAUUAAGAGUGGUUGUCAAAAUUUUGGAGUCGGUCAAGUACCCAAAUUAAAAAUCAGAAAGGAGAGUGAAUAAAGUUAAAGGAAAAGAGAUGUUUUUCUUUGUUUUCUUUAAGAAUGUUACAGAGAAGAACAGAAAAUAAUUCCAAAACAUGGAUACAGUUGAGAGGAUACAAGUGCAAAAGUAUUUAUUUAUUUAUUAUUUUUAUUUUUAUUUAUUUUUAUUUAUUUAUUUUUUUAAAGUGACAGUUUAUCAAGUACAAGAAAGAAGAUUAAAACAUUAGGAAUGAAAAGAAGGUCACAUCUACAGGAACAACAAGUAUUUGUAAAAGACUACGAACAACUGCAUGCCAGCAAGUAUGAGAUACUAUAGUAAGUCCUCACUUAACGUCAUCAGUAAGUUCUUGGAAACUGCUACUUUAAGUGAAAAGACAAUGGCGAGUCCUUGAAUAAGAUCAUUUCCUUCAGUGUCAUUUUAUUAUAAUGUUGAUGAGGGGAAAAAUGGUUGUGUUAUAAAUUUGCUUGAAGUCACAGUUUCCAAGAACCUGUCAAAGACAGAGGACUUACUAUAUAAUACUUAGAAUAUAAGCAGUUUUCUAGAAAUACCCAACCAGAUUGACUAAAGAAGAGUAGGAGACCAUUCAAGAAAUGAAUUACUUAAUAAUCUAUACCGUCUCAUUUUGCCCUCUACCCCCAUACUAGGCCCAGAGAUUCACGGAUGUGUUCUACCAAACAGUCAAGGGAAUGGAUUCUCAAAAUUUUACACCAUUAUUUCCAGAGAGAAGGAAAAAAAGGAACUAAAUUGAUCCUCUAGUUUGGUUUUAUUUUCAAGCUAUCAUGAAAAGCUUCAAAUUUCUGUCACAGAUAAGUAUAACAAAUUCUUGUGAACUCAUCAUCAGUCACCUAGCAUUAACAAUUAGAAUAUUUUGCCAUUAGUGUUUCAUCAAUAAUUUCUCAUAGAUACCCUUUUUUGUUUGUUUUAAAAUACUUGUAACUGUAGAUAUGACCCACUUUUCAUUUCUAAUGUUUUGUUUGUUGUUUCUGGAGUAUGUUAAAGCAAAUCCAAGCCUUGCUAAACUCAUUUAUUUUCAAAGUUUUUCAAAAAAAAUUUCUAAUUUCUUCCUGCAUAUUGGAUCAUACCGUCUGUGAAUAAGGACGGUUUUACUUUUUUCCAAUCAAUCUGGAUUUUGUCUUUUUCUUUAGCAAGAAUCUGCAGUACAAUGGACAAUAGGAGUGCUGAGAAUGAUCAUCCUUACUUCUUUCCUGGGAUCUUUGGGGAAACAUCUUCAGUCUUUCACAUUAAGUUGAAAGGAUUGUUGACAAAAGGAAAAAUAAAAAAGGGAAGACGGAGUAUUUGGUUCGGUGGAAAGGCUAUGACAGCGAGGACGACACUUGGGAGCCGGAGCAGCACCUUGUGAACUGUGAGGAAUACAUCCACGACUUCAACAGACGCCACACGGAGAAGCAGAAGGAGAGCACAUUGACCAGAACAAACAGGACCUCUCCCAACAAUGCUAGGAAACAAAUCUCCAGAUCCACCAACAGCAACUUUUCUAAGACCUCUCCUAAGGCACUCGUGAUUGGGAAAGACCACGAAUCCAAAAACAGCCAGCUGUUUGCUGCCAGCCAGAAGUUCAGGAAGAACACAGCUCCAUCUCUCUCCAGCCGGAAGAACAUGGACCUAGCGAAGUCAGGUAUCAAGAUCCUCGUGCCUAAGAGCCCCAUUAAGAGCAGGACCGCAGUGGACGGCUUUCAGAGCGAGAGCCCCGAGAAACUGGACCCCAUCGAGCAGGGUCAGGAGGACACAGUGGCACCCGAAGUGGCAGCAGAAAAGCCUGUCGGAGCUUUAUUGGGCCCCGGUGCCGAGAGGGCCAGGAUGGGGAGCAGGCCCAGGAUACAUCCACUAGUGCCUCAGGUGCCCGGCCCUGUGACUGCAGCCAUGGCCACAGGCUUAGCUGUUAACGGGAAAGGUACAUCUCCGUUCAUGGAUGCAUUAACAGCCAAUGGGACAACCAGCAUACAGACAUCUGUUACAGGAGUGACGGCCAGCAAAAGGAAAUUUAUUGACGACAGAAGAGACCAGCCUUUUGACAAACGAUUGCGUUUCAGCGUGAGGCAAACAGAAAGUGCCUACAGAUACAGAGAUAUUGUGGUCAGGAAGCAGGAUGGCUUCACCCACAUCUUGUUAUCCACAAAGUCCUCAGAGAAUAACUCACUGAAUCCAGAGGUGAUGAGAGAAGUCCAGAGCGCUCUGAGCACAGCCGCUGCCGACGACAGCAAGCUUGUACUGCUCAGCGCGGUCGGCAGCGUCUUCUGUUGUGGACUUGACUUUAUUUAUUUUAUACGACGUCUGACAGAUGACAGGAAAAGAGAAAGCACUAAAAUGGCAGAAGCGAUCAGAAACUUCGUGAAUACUUUCAUUCAGUUUAAGAAGCCCAUCAUUGUAGCGGUCAAUGGCCCAGCCAUCGGGCUAGGAGCAUCCAUAUUGCCUCUUUGCGAUGUGGUUUGGGCUAAUGAAAAGGCUUGGUUUCAGACACCCUAUACUACGUUCGGACAGAGUCCAGAUGGCUGUUCUACCGUUAUGUUUCCCAAGAUAAUGGGAGGAGCAUCUGCAAACGAGAUGCUGCUCAGUGGGCGGAAGCUGACGGCGCAGGAGGCGUGUGGCAAGGGCCUGGUCUCCCAGGUGUUUUGGCCCGGGACGUUCACUCAGGAAGUGAUGGUUCGCAUUAAGGAGCUUGCCUCGUGCAAUCCAGUUGUGCUUGAGGAAUCCAAAGCCCUCGUGCGCUGCAACAUGAAGAUGGAGCUGGAGCAGGCCAACGAGAGGGAGUGUGAGGUGCUGAAGAAAAUCUGGGGCUCGGCCCAGGGGAUGGACUCCAUGUUAAAGUACUUGCAGAGGAAGAUCGAUGAGUUCUGAGGGUCGGGCUGCCCACUGGUGACACCGGGAUCGGGCUGAGCAGAACAUCACUGGCUCCAGUUGCCCUGAUCCAUUCUCACCGCCUGAAACAAGCUCACCCAUAGCUCACGCUUGGAAGCAGGACUGGGAACAUCCACGCUAUUUAUUAUCAAGGAGUUUUAAAGUACUGUAACCUUAAAAUAAAUAACUACAAAGCUUCUUUGUCCAAACGUCAUUAUUUUAUACUUAGAUACACGCAAGUGUAAAAGUAUAAAGAUGGGCACUAGACUGCUCUUAGAAGCUCUAAUUUUUGUUUUCUUUGGCUAGUACUGUAUAAAAAACAGAAUUGUGUUUUAUUGGUUUUGGAUGACAGAAAAGUCUGGAAUAAUGUUUGUUUUCCUCAUUUCUUCCUUCUAGAACACAGAAUCUACAGGGGUAUUAGCCGGCCUCACCUGCCCUUCCCCACAUAGAGACACCGUGAUCUGAGGCGUUGGCUUUUUCUCUAAGAAGGUACAGAUACCUCAGAUUCGGGAAACUCUAAAUCAAAAGACUCAGCUUCUAGGAUAAAUAUUUCUGAUGAAAAAUCCACUGAGAAGCUUACCCUCAAACCAGACAUAUGCUUAGGAUUCAGGCUGAGAUAUCAAUUGGUUUCCGCUUCUUUUUUAAAUAUGUCCAGUUCUUACCCAGUUAACAUGAAGAAACCACUGUCUCUAGAAGAAAGCUUGUUUUGCAGUAUUAGUGAAUCACUGAAUAGCUUAAGUAUGACUAAGUUAUAAGUUAGUCUUUAGUGGGUUUUAAAUAGUUUUUCUGACCCUUCUGAAAAAUAACUACAUAAGUGCUUCUUGUUGCUGGGUGAGAAGUACUACUUUAUAGACAGUUUUGGUUUUCUAUUUGCAGAUAUGAUUGAUGUAUUACACCAAAAUAAAAUAUUUUUAUGUUUAUAAAGUGUAAUUUUUAGGUUCACUUAGAAUAUAUUUUAUUUAAUAAGUUAAAAUUCUUUUGGCACACUAUUAAAUGCAAAAACUCCUUUCAAAACAAAAAAGAACUACCUUAUAUUCACCAUUUAAUGUUCUUGGUCUCUGCUUUAUGUCUAUACAGUAUACUGAGCUCAGUGUGGUGUCCACGAGUGCCCUGUGUGGAUAGACACGUGCUCUCCUUCCAGGAGUGGGUACCGACUCCAGACUCCAGAUGCCUAUUAUUAGGCUUCUGAGCUUGCAAUCAUAUUGAAUGUAUGAAGAGCGAAAUAAAAUCAAAUUCUUAUUUUUGUACAGUUUUGAAGUUUAUACUUAGAACUGACCACCUCCCCGGCCACGUGGAGAGCUGUACAGUGUGUAAAUCUGCCUUUAUCUUGGAUUGAUUAGUACAGUAUUUUUGCAUCUGUGGGACCUACCUUUUCGUUCCGUAGUUUGAACUAUAUAUAAACUGUACAAUCUGUAAAGUUUUUAUAGAAUAAAUAUUCAGCUGUGAAAACUGGUUAAAUAAAACUAAUAUUUCUUAACACA